CUAUAUAAUGUGAAACAGUCCCCAGGGUGGGACAGACCACGCCGACUCAGUCACACCGCCGGCCAAGACGUGGUACUGCGGAGCAGAGUGUUCUUGUUACUAGUGUCAUCCAACCCUCCACGCUGAACUACAGGCGACGCCACGAGAUGCCGAGUCACUACGACAAAGGGGAGUAUGACAGCCGUGACGGCGGCGGCAGCGGCCGAUACAGGGGCCGUGGCCGAGGUCGCGGCAACUAUGCGUGGGGCAGCAGAGUGGGCAACAGCAGCAGCGGUGGUGGUGGCAGGGGAUAUAGCCGAGGCGGGGCAGGGGGAGGUGGUGGAAGCAGCGGUGGCAGCAGGUACAGAGGAGGGGGAGGGCAUGGGGUGGCCUCCAGCAGUUACCGAGAGACCACUGCCAGCUACCAUGACAGGUACAGCGACUCCCGGCGCACCGGUGGCCACAUAGUGAAUCCCUGGGAUGCCGGCAUGGGCCCUCGGGAGGUGGGUGGCGGGGGCGGCUAUGGGGCCCACGCCUCAGCCUUCGGGGCCACUGGCAUGGGCAUGGGGAGCAGCGGGGGAGGUGGGGGUGGGGCAGGCACCUCCCAGCUGAUUGGCUCCCUCAAUCAGCUGAGUCAGAUGGGCAACGACAAGUCCAAGCUGGCUCUGAAUAUUCUCAACGCUGUCCUCUCAUCCGACUCGGCCAUGGGUGAGGGCCGGGACGUAUGGGAGCACGGGCCACCCCCGAGGAAGAUGAGGCGCAUGGAGUGGGACGAGCUGCGUCCGCCCCCCGCCCGCAGGUACCCCCCUCGCUACAGCCCCCGGCGUACCUGGGACCGCCGGGGCGGCCCCUCAUACCCUCGAGGGGACCACCACGGCGGCAGCACUGACUACCAGGCCCGCAGGGUGGCCAAGGCCCGGCGGGGCAAGCCCUGGCAUGAUACCAGGAGUGGUAAGGGCCCUGGGCGGGAGGGCCGGGCCAAGGAGGAGCAGGACCUGUCGGACGACCUGGAAAGAGAGAGCACCGCCGCCGCCGCUGGCACCAGUGCGGCCCAGGGCCCCCAGAGCAGUGAGGAAACAAAGAUGGAUGAAGAGGAGGCCAAAGAGGAGACUGAAGCAUCCUCCAGUGCAGUGAAGGGGGAGGCUAAGUCUGAACAAGAGGAGGAGAAGGAGGGCAAGGAGGGAGAGGAAGCAGCAGGGUCAUCAACAGGAAAGACAGAAGACAAAUCAGAAGACAAGAAGGAGAAAGAAGCAGAGAUGAUGAAGCAGAAUGAGUCUGGGGAGAUCACAUGGCUGCCGCGGGAGGCUCUGCAGUGUCACAUGUGUGGCCUUUCAAAGUUCCCUGACAUAAAGUCAUACAUGAGGCAUCUGGAGAGCCGGCGCCACGAGACACUCAAGUAUUCCUUCCAUGCCAAGGGUGCUGCCAUCCUUCACUUCCUGAGGGCUAACUCCAAGUUGGCGUCUCAGAGGAAAAUGUUGAAGAGCCUGCGGCGUGGCAUCAAGGGCCCCAUCAUGAGGUGCCGCAAGUGUCAGUGUGAGGUGUUUGGCUACAUCCGGGAACAUUCCAAGACUGUAGAGCACAUUGCCCUGAGGAACUACCUGCGAGUGGUUUGCUGCAACACAACUUUCUUCAACCGUGCUGAUCUGGAGGAGCAUCGGCUUUCCCUCAUCCACCUCAAGAACCAGCUGGAGGAGGAGCAGCGAAGGCAGAAGAUGGAAGCUGAGAAUGAGGUGGAGGAUAUUGGGGUGGAAGAGAGUGAUGAAGGGAUGCUGUUUGCUGACACCAUCAAGCACAUGAAGCAGAGGACACAACAUGCUGAAGUGACCAGCCCAGAGAACCUUAUGCCAUAUGACCCAGCCAUACCUCAAGGCCUCAACUUCAUCUGGAAGCGGUCCCACUACAGAUGCAAGGCGUGUCCCCAGAUACGCCUCACCUCGGCCGCUGACACUGAGGAACACUUCAAGUCCCUAGACCACUACAACAACCUCAUGGCUCACCUCAAGGCCAUAGAGGAGGAGAAGGAGAAGAAGCGUUUGGAGGAAGAGGAAGAAGCAAGGAAGGCAGAGGCUGAGCGCAAGAAGAAGGAGGAGGCAGAGGCAAAGGCUGCAGAGGAAGCGGAAGGGGAAGGAGAAGACAAGGAGAAGGAGUCUGGUGAGCAAGACACUGAGAAGCAGGAGACACCGCUGGACGAGAACGAAGACAGCAAGAAGAAUGGAGACGUGGAAGGGGAGGAAGGGGAAGAUGAGGGAGAGGAAGAGGAAGCAACGACAGCAACACGAACAGCAGAAGAAGAAGAGGAGGAAGAGGAGGAGGAGGAAGAGACUAGUUUUAACUUUGAGGAGGACAUGCACAAUAUGGAGACUGUGGACGAGGCAUGUGAUGACGGGGAGAUGGAGGGAGGGCUGGAGGGGAGCCUGCUGGAGGAGGAGGAGGAAGGAAAGGAGCUGGCUUCUGGCGGUGCUGAGGUCGACGAACUUCUUGAUAUUUCGUGCCUAGAUGAGGUGGGCGAGGAGCUGGAGGAGUUCAGCAAAGACCAACCACCUGAGACAGUGAAGUGUGAGGACAAAGGGAAGGAAGAGGAGAAAGAAAAGACAAAGGCUGAGGAAGAAAAAUCCAAACCAAAGGAAAGUGACAAGACAAAGGAGACGCCAGCCAAGGAGGAAGAGGAGCCGGAGGAGAGCACCAAGAAGGAAUCUGGCAAGAGGGAGAGGGAGGAGGAAGAGGAACCGGCAGUGGUAACAGCUGUGGUGGAGGGGCGGGGCCGUGGUGGCCGGGCCUCGGGCACACCACGGGGCAGACGGGGCAGAGGUAGGGGUAGAGCUCGCUCUGCAAGGAACUAGAGACUAACAUUGUUGCAUUACACUGACAAGGGCAUUUUCUGUAUUAUUUUCUCGUGUCCAUAUUAGCAUGUAUUUCCUUAGUUCUUUUAAGGGUUGGUAUCAAUCAUUAAGUUCUCUGCAGGAAUGUCACACUGAUAAUGGAUAGAGUGACAGGCCUUACCUGACACAGUUUGACCCAGAAAUGCUUGAAUACCUUGUUAACACCAGCCAUAUAUGCACAAUUGUGUGUUUCCCACUGCCAGUGGAUGUUCAGUCCUGUGUCCCACACCCCACCUCACCACCAUUACCACACUCAUCAUCCCUUCAUCAUAAAGGUGUAGCAUUAUCUGCUUCAUCGUGGCACAUCCCAUCAUGGAUCCAUGUGUGGAAGGCCAAUGUUUCUGCCUCCUUUGGUACAGUACAUUGCCUUGCUUGGAUUACCACUAAGGCUGUGCUACCAGCUGGUGGGAAAGAACAUUUAUGUGUAUAGGUAAAGAUUCUUCAGUGCAUUCCACAUGCUACUGGGUGGAGAUGUGUGUUAUAGGUGUCAAUAUUGCACCAAGUCUGCUCAAAUGUGGUCAUAUUCCUAGUGGGUCUGUUUGUAUUUGAUUUGUUGGAAAAGUGAAGUCCAGUACCUUAAUGUCUACUGGAGUGUUGAAUUGGAAUACUUUCUCUUAAAGAGACAAUGGUUGAUUUCUGCAGAUUAUCAAAGUGCUGUUAUGCAUUCCUGAAGGGCAGAGUGGCUUUUAAAUGUUGAGAUGAUUGUUUGAAUUCCCUUAAUAUGAAAAUUUUUUAUUAUGGUUGGUCAGGUUAACUACAUAUUGCAGAAAGUGGAACAAAGUCACAGUAUAACAAGACUGCUUCCAGCAAGACAAACUUAAAUGACCCAAUAAGGAGUUGACAAGCCUUUGUUUUGCUAUUGGUGAACAGUGGUGAAGAUGUGAAUGCUUUAUAUUUUCUUUCAUUUAGACUGUGUAGAAAUUGAGCUUUAAUCAGUUACAAGUUGCGUGGAGUACUCACAAGUGAAAUAUGAUUGAAAUAAGCUCUGUCAUGUUGAGAAGGUCAAUAUUAGCUCUAGUACUGAAGGUAAUUUGUUUUGGUGUUCCUGUGUAGAUCUUGUUUAUUGAAGGCUGUGGUGGAGGUCUCAGCAGAGCUUUCCUAGGGACACUGAUUCCAAUUUGAGAGUUGAUGGCUGUCACAAAUAACUUCAUUGGUAUUCUGGCCAUGAUCUAGGAAUUUUGUCAUUCACACACACACACACACACACAGGUCUUUAUAGCACCACCAGCUUAUAUUUCCCUUGUACCUGCAUGCCUUAUCCAAACAUAAUAAUCAGGUUAUUUUUAUCACUGUAUAAUGUCAGUUUCAUGAUGAGAUAUUCAUUCUAUAUUUAGACAAGUUGGUGUAUUCUUGUAUAGUCUAAGCCUUACAAAAUAUUAUGAUUUGUGUGUGCAUUACUUUAGGAAAGAUCAUAUAUCUGUUUCCUCUGUCAGAGUUAUGAGUAAUGCUCAGAGAUGUAUAUUAGUUUGUACUAGGUGUUCAUUUCCAUCUCAGUAACUGUUAAGAAAGGGGUUUGCAAGGUGUCCCUAUCAUGCCCUGACCCAUUCCAGUCCCUACUUGGCCUUCAAUGAAACCCUCUGUUGAAUUGUCUUGCUGGGGCACCAAGGUAUAGUCCCAAUCCCAACCUUGUCAUUUGUCUAAAUUUUGUAAAACAACCUUAUUUAGGAUUUUUGCAUUUUGUUAGUUAUUAAGGCAUAGCCAUAAAUUUUUGGUGGUUCAAGUAAAGGCAUUAUUAAAUUGAGUACCACUUA